UUUCACUCCGGCUUGGCCGCGUCGCGCUGCGGAGAGGAAAUAGCACGCUUGAAAGCACGCGGCUGCGUAUCGGCUACUCCCGAAAUAGUCCCCCCGCGCGGGGUGUCGGCCCAUCGACGUGCUUUUAGUAUGCUGCGCGCAUGCGACACGCCCGCACCCUUCUGUGCUCCUAGUAGCUCUGCUCGUAAACACGCGAAUUAUUAUCGCUAUAAAUUUAACAAAAUAUUUACAAAUGAUAUAGACGACAUGGUCGCGAUACUAGCCAACCCCAAGUGGAGCGAGGACCUCACCAUCCAGAUGAUAAUCGAGUACGAGAAGCGCGAGUACCUCUGGAAUCCUGUGUCGGAAAACUACAAGAACAAGAAAGUACGCGAGCAGGGAUACGUCGAGAUAAUAAAAACGCUGAAUCUAGUGGAUAUAACGGUUAAGGAACUGAAAAAUAAGAUAAAGAAUAUACGAUCUUCGUACAGCGUCGAGUUAAAGAAAAUUCGCGCGGCUAGAAAAGCGGGCGCGCAUGCGUACCGGCCGAGCGUCACGUGGUUCGAGCACGCAGACAGGUUUCUGCGGGCGAUCGUCACUCCGAGCUCAGUGGACAACAGCCUACUUGAAAUACCGAUGAGCGACGACAGCGACGCAGUUCAGGAUCUGAGCGAACGAAAAUCACCCGAAAAAAAAUGUCCUCGAAAACGUCGUAGUUCAACUAGAUCGUCGACACCGUACGUUUUGAACACGCCAUCCCCUCGCCCGAGUACGCCCUUCGGGCUCAAUCAAACUUCGUCCCCGUUCGGGAUCCUGCCGACCUCGACGUCCGCUCCAUUUCUUAAUCCCCCUGUCGGUAUAGCAACGCCGCUAACUACAUCACUCGCAACGAUUUAUCCCGCGCCGGCGAAACAAAAAAAGAGUAAUUUCGACGACCGUAGCGACCAGUCGGAAACAGCGCAGGAUUUGAGUCAGCAUUCGGAGAACGGGAACGAGAAUGAAUUCGAAAUGUUCGGUAAAUUGAUUGCGAGCCAGCUUCGUAAAUUACCUCUGAGCUUGGCCCUGGAUACGCAGUUAAAGAUUCAGACGCUCGUGAAUGCGGCGAGAAUACAGGCCGUAUAUCAACAGUAUAGCUACGCGGGUCCGUCGCAGGAGGCGCUGUCUGUGCAAGCUCUUUCAAACGGUAUAUUAGCGAGCAUGGCCUCACAAAGCCCGUAUGCAUCGCGCGUAAUGGACAUGAGAAAUGAUUCGCCCGACGACUUGAAUAGAGAUCUGAAGGCGGAAUAUUCCGUUGGAUCUGAAUUAGAAGAUUAG